GUACGUCUUAGCAUCUCUCGCGCAUCAAUCAAAUGUCUUGCUUACGUUGCCGAGCGGCGCUGCCACCUCUAUCGGCAGUGCGCUCCCCAGUUGGUCGCGCUGCGCGAUGGAAUCAGAUCCGGCAGCUCCAAACACGUCGCUCACAGAAUGCGCCAGGCCAUCCAUCCAAGACCCUGCCUCAUCCAACGAGCCAAUCACCCCAAAGUCAGCCUGCAACGGAACCACAUUACCCCCCAAAUCUCAAUGAAGAAGGCCAUUUCCCUGGAGGUGGAGAGAUUCCCAAAGUGAAGAUUCGGUUUCUCGCUCCUACCAUAUGGGCAAUCACGGUUUCCACGGGCAUUUAUGUGUCCCUCGCGUACUUCACAGCCAAAAGUGAAUUGGAAUCCAAGAGCCCGUAUAGUCUGUUCCGAGGCAACUCUAGGGGAUCCUCAUAUUCAAUCUCCACUCCCAACGGCCCUCCUACCCCCACAGAAGUCGUCACUAGAGCUUGGCGCAACGCAGACCCAAUGUCAAAGCUAAGCUGGGGUCUGAUUGGUGUUAACGGCGCAGUGCACCUCUCUAGCUUGGUCGCACCACGUGUCUGGCAGCACCUGUGGCAUAUUCCAGCAACAAACCGACAUUACACGCUCUUUACGUCGACUUUCGUUCAUUCAGGUCUUAUGCACCUUGGAGUCAAUCUAUAUGCUCUGUACAAUUUCCUGCCGGCAACCGGGUAUUCAUCUCUCUUCCGUGGAGAUACGAACCACAUGCUGUCCUUCUUCCUCUCAACGGGUGUUUUGUCUGGACUUGCGCAGCACUUCGCUAGUAUGAUCUUCAGACAAGGUCGUGCCUACGCACCUUUCAUCUCCUCUGGUGGAGCUAGCGGUGCGCUCUUUGCUGUUUUUGGCGCCUUCUGCAUGGAGUAUCCGACACAGGGCGUUGGCAUCAUCUUGAUCCCAUAUUAUAUGGAAGCACAGUAUUUCUUGCCCAUCGUCAUGGCGUUCGAUCUUGUUGGAAUGAUUCGCGGGUACUCUUUUGUGCAAUUUGGCCAUGCGGCACAUCUUAGCGGUGCUUGCAUUGGGGCAGCUUACUCUUACCUCGACGGACACAACAAUGCCUGGCGGCCUUUGGUCGAUUACUGGAAACGACAUUUGCAACAAAGAUAGGGACACUGCUUGUGAUUGCGGCUGUGAAACAUUCGAUGAUAGAAGGCCUGCGUCUUGGUGACACCAGACCGGACAUGAUGGCCAGUAUCCCGGAUCUUGCUGGAUCUUUGAGUUGUUUAGGUACAGGCGUUGUGGACAGGUAGAGCAUGCUAUUUGUACCUUAACGGAGGUCCGUACAUAUCAUCAACCCGCUCUGGAUGUCACGGUCAAAGACUCAUAUCAGGAGGUCGACAUCUUUAAAAUAUGAUCUUUAACACGGCUAGCUAAAUUUUAUAACUUCACCAGAAGGCGAUAACUCUCGCCUCCACGC